CCGCUGCCUAGGGCGCCCAGGGGUCUCCGUGGGGCCUGGCGAGGCCCGGCGCUGAGUGAAUGGCUCCGCUCGUGCGGCCGCGAUCCGCGCUCGCCCUCCUGAUCCUCGUCCUAGCCGCCGCCGUCAGGUGCCAGGCUCAGGCCCAGACCACAGACUGGAGGGCCACGCUUAAGACCAUCCGGAAUGGCGUUCACAGGAUAGACACCUACCUGAACGCCGCCUUGGACCUCCUGGGAGGCGAGGACGGGCUUUGCCAAUAUAAGUGCAAUGACGGAUCUAAGCCUUACCCACGUCAUGGUUAUAAACCCUCCCCACCGAAUGGAUGUGGCUCUCCGCUGUUUGGUGUUCAUCUGAACAUUGGCAUCCCAUCCCUGACGAAGUGCUGCAACCAACACGACAGGUGCUACGAGACCUGCGGCAAAAGCAAGAAUGACUGUGACGAGGCGUUCCAGUACUGCCUGUCCAAGAUCUGCCGAGAUGUGCAGAAAACACUAGGACUAGCUCAGCAUGUUCAGGCAUGUGAAACAACAGUGGAGCUCUUGUUUGACAGCGUUAUCCAUUUAGGCUGUAAACCAUACCUGGACAGCCAAAGAGCUGCAUGCUGGUGUCGCUAUGAAGAAAAAACGGAUCUUUAAAGAAGAUGCUGACAGCUGGAAACAGCAGAUGAAGAUGGAAGAAUGUAACCUUUGACAAAGAACUAACGUUUUUACGUUAUAAAGCUGCCUUAUUUUGUAGAUUAAUUAUUUUCAGACCUUACAAGACUUUACAUUUUGACAUUAUAAGCUCAAUCUAAAAAAAAUUAAAAAAGGGGAUGUGGUGGGGGGCGCAUAGGAGGAAUGGCAUGCCUUCCCUCUCAGGUGUCUUCCUGAGAGUUGCUGCCUCAGUGUGCCAAAUUGUCUCGACCCAUCCCAGAGAGAGGUGUCUGUUAAGGGGAAAAUUGUUUAAAAGAAAGCAUCUGCAGCUCAGUUUUUGCAACUGUAUUUACAAAAAGAAAAAAAAGGUCAAAAUUAAAAGUUGAUCAUAAGAUGCUUUCAACAUUAUCUUAAUUGGAAAUAGGGGGAAGUCCUCACUUAGAAGUAUGUUUGUUUACUCUGAAAUUUAAAUAUGUAUAUAUUUAUACCUGGAAGGAUCUGACUUUAUUUUUUCUCUAUUUUAGUUGCACAUAAUAUGCUGUUUCUUUAUAACCCAUUUAGUAUAUGAAUAAGUGAUGCACCUGUUAAUGGCAGGACUAUUUAUAUGGGCAAGAGUCCCAUGUCUGUUUCUCUUUUAUGAUUGGAACCAUCAGCUGGUAACCUCUUAGGGAACAAAACCAGAGCAUGUAGGUAUUUCAUAUUAUGCACAGAAGGUGACAUGAACAAGAUUCAGAAGCACCAAAAAAAAACCAAACCCAAUUCCGACUCAUAGCAACCCUAUAGGACAGAGUAGAACUGCUCCAUAGAGUUUCCUUGGAGCGCCUGGCAGAUUUGAACUGCCGAGCCUUUGGUUAGCAGCUGUAGCACUUAACCACUACGUCACGGUUUCCUUCAGAAGCACAGCCACUCCUAUUUUAUGAACCACUCAUAUGACAAAUGUCAUAUUUUACUAUAUCCUUUGCCUACAUGGGAAAAAAUAAGAAUUUAAUGAAACAAAUGAAAAGUUGUUGAACAUAACACACAUCAGAACACUAUAUGCUGUUAUGCUUUGGUGUUUUAUCCCUAGCACUUGUUCUCUCUCUUUUUUUUUUUUUAGUAAUAUUUUAAUUGUUUUUUGGUGAAAGUUUACACAGCAAGUUGGGUUCCCAUUUGACAAUUUCUGCAUGAAUUGUUCAGUGACAUUAGUUAUAUUUAUUACAAUGUGUCAACAUUCUCUUUGUGUUCUGUUUGUUCCAUUUCUUGUACUCUAUAGUUUCCCUGCCCCCCAUCUUCUCAUCUUUGCUUUUGAGUAAUUGUUGACCUUUUGGUCUUAAACAGAUGGUUUUUAAGUAGAGCACUGAUCUUACAGGUAAUAUCAUUUAUUUUGUGAGCCACUCUGCUGUUUUCACUCAGGAGCUAGGUUCAGUUCUGUGUUUAGAGAGUGUCUCAGGGCAGUAGUCUCAGGGAGUCCUCUGUUCUUCACUGUUCCAGUUUGUCUGGUGUUGUUUUUUUUUUUAAGAGUUUUUGAGUUCUGCUCCACAUCUUUCCCCCAUUCUGUCCAGGACCAUCUAUUAUGACCCUGGUCAGAAUGGUGACUGGUGGUAGCUGGGCACCAUCUAGUUCUUCUGGUCUCAGGGUCAAUGAAGUCUUGGCUCCUGUAGACUUGUUCCUUCUCUGAGCUUUUGGUUACCUUCUUCCUGUUUUGUUCCUGGCAAGUAGAGACCAGUAGUGUCUUACAUGGCCGCUCACAAGCUUUUAAGACCCAAGAUGCUACUUACUUCACUAGGAUGCAGAUCAUGAGAUUUGUGAACUAUGUUGUGCCAGUUGACUGAGUUGUCCCAUGAGGCUAUGGUCCUGAGUUUUCAAACCCAGAAAACCACUCUUGGAAGGUGUUUGGUUAUGUCUGAGGAGUGUCCAUGUCUGUGUCUUCAAUGAGUAUACGUGCCUGCAGCUACUAUCUGUAUUUACAUAUACCUAUAGGUACUUCUAUGAGGAGCCCUGGUGGUGCAGUGGUUAAGUACUCAGCUGCUAUCUGAAAAGCCAGCAGUUCAAACUCACCAGCCACUCCGUGGGAGAAAGAUGUGGCAGUCUGCUUCUGUAAAGACUGCAGCCUUGAGCAGAACUGGAGAAAAAUGGAGAACAAAAUUCUAACUCACACACACACACAAAAAAGACCAGACUUACUAGUCUGAUAGAGACUGGAGAAACCCCAAGAAUAUGGCACCCAGAUACUCAGUAAUGAAGUCACUUCUGAGAUGCACCCUUACAGCCAAAGAUUAGACAGGCCCAUAUAACAAAACGAGACUAAAUAGGCAAGGAUGAGAAGGCAGAAGGGGACAGGAAAGCUGGUAAUAGGGAGCCCAGUGUCAAGAAGGGGAGAAUGUUGACAUAUCGUGGGGUUGGCAACCAGUGUCACAAAACAGUGUGUGUAUUAUUUAAUGAGAAACUAGUUUGCUCUAUAAACUUUCAUUUAAAGUACAAUUAAAAAAAAUUUUUUUUAAUUGCAGUGUUGGAAACCCUAUGUAACAGUUUUACCCUGUCCUGUAGAGUCACUUUGAGUUGAAAUUGACUUGAUGGCAUUGGGUUUGGUUUUGGUUGGUUUAUAGAUACUUCUAUCUGUCUGUUCUCACCGAUGUAUAUACCUGUACCUACCUGUAUACCAAUAUGCCUAUACCCAUCCAUGUGUGUUCAUUCAUUUUUACUUUGGUUGUGCUGUCCUCACUACAUCCACACUUGGUGCCACUUUUCCCAUUACCAAAAAGAAUUAGUCUCUACGGUCUAAGGUGUACUUUGCUCUCCCUUCUCCCUGCUAACCAGCAAUGAACAUUAGUUUCUAUAUAUCUAUUAUCUUCUUAUAAUAGAAAGAUCAUACCUAAUAUUUGUCCUUAUAUGCUUGGCUUAUUUCACUUAACAUUAUGCCCUCCAGGCCCACCCAUGUUAUAUUUCAGGACUCAUCAUUUUUCUUUAUGGUUGUGUAGUAUUGCAUUGUAUAAAUGUACCACAAUUUGCUUGUCCAUUCAUCCAUUGAUGGGCACUUCGGUUGUUUCCAUUUAUUUGCUGUUGUAAAUAAAGCAGCAGUGAACAUG